GUCAUUUUACACGUUCAUUUACCAUUGAUACUUACACGAAGUAUAAUAAUUGGCUCUGUGGUUGUGAUAAACGUAAUGCAGUUUUUUGUUUUCCGUGUUUAUUAUUUGGUGGAGAAAUGGUAUGGACCAAAAAAGGAAUUUCAGAUUUAAAUCAUUUAAAUGAUCGAAUGAAAAAACACGACUUAACUGUUAAACAUAUGAAUAACACCUUGAAUUUAGCAACGUUAGGUAAAACAAAUGUUCUUUCAAUGUUGGAUAGCAAUUACAGAAGAGGUAUAGAGCUACACAGUGAGAAAGUUUCAAACAAUCGAUACAUUUUGAAUGAAAUUAUUAAUUUCAAUAGAUUUUGUGGCGCUUUCGAAUUAGCAUUGAGAGGGCAUGAUGAAAAAGAUACAUCUUUGAAUUCAGGAAUUUUUCGUGGUUUAAUAAGUUUUAGUGCGGAAUUGGAUAGUGCAUUAUAA